AUGGUGCCGCGACUUCAAGCUUCAAGAUGUUUGACCAGGUCUGGUGGUGCAUCACGAGGCCUGAUGUCGUUGUCGUGGUCAGCAUGCGCGCCGCAGCAGACUAGGGGCGUCUCGACUUCGUUCCUGAACAAGGUUUCCGAGGGCGAGCAGCGGUGGGAGGAAAGAGCGCGGCAGAUUCAAAAAGGGGAGCUGCCUCAUGUUUGGGACGUCCUUGACGAGAGAGGAUACAUCAAGGAUGUGGCUGGCGUCCCGGACAAAAUCAAAGAGAUCAUGCGCGUCAAAAGAAUAGGCGCCUACGUCGGUGUCGACCCGACCGCCGACUCACUACACCUCGGGCAUCUCCUCCCAUUCAUGCCUCUCUUCUGGCUCUGGUUCCACGGAUACCCGGCCGUAACGCUCCUCGGCGGUGCCACGGCUCGAAUUGGCGAUCCCACCGGCCGGUUACAAAGUCGCGAGAACCUGACCAACUCGGAGAUUUCGAAAAACGUCACCAAAAUACACUACCAGCUCACGAGACUGUGGACAAACGCCGUGACGCUACGAGACAAGUACGGCUACAGAAAAGACUGGGCUGCAAAGCGCCACCUGUUGAACAACAACAUGUGGCUCCAGGGCCUGUCAGUCUACGACUUCACGAAGCGGCUUGCGCGAAACACCCGAAUCGGCCCUAUGCUCUCCCGCGACACAGUGAAGCGCAAGUUGACCGAGGGCGAUGGCAUGUCCCUCGGAGAGUUCCUGUAUCCGCUAAUGCAGGGCUGGGACUUUUGGCACAUGUACAACAAGCUGGGGAUUCAGUUGCAGAUCGGCGGCUCGGACCAGUACGGAAAUAUCGUGGCGGGUAUCGAUGCUCUGAAGAUCAUUCGCGACAGCGAAGAGGCGCCACAUGCCAAGAUGCCCACGGAGUGGCAGCACGAACCCCUGGGCUUCACCGUGCCUCUUCUUCUCGACUCGGCCGGCGCCAAGCUUGGCAAGAGCGCGGGCAACGCUGUGUGGUUGGACGAGUUCAAGACGCCGCCUUUUGAGCUCUACGGAUAUUUCAUGCGCCGGCCAGAUGACGAGGUGGAGAGGUUGUUGAAGCUGUUUACGUUUAUGCCCAUGACGAACAUACAGGAAAUCAUGACGCAGCACUGGGCCGACCCGUCCAAGAGGGUCGCCCAGCAUGCUCUCGCUUUUGAGGUUCUUUCCCUGGUUUAUGGUUCUCAAAGGGCCCUGCAGGAAGCCCAGCAGCACAAGUUUAGGUUCGGCGGAGAGCUCCCACACGUCAUCAACGAGCCCUCCCAGGACAGCGGCAUCGUCACGGCCAACAACGCACCCCGAAGCGACAUUCAGCUCCCCCAGUCCAUAAUGAAGCUUUCCCCGGCCAAGCUUCUUUUCGCAACCGGACUGGCUUCUAGCAACAGCGAGGGUCAGCGCCUCGUUACUCAGCAAGGCGCCUAUGUGGCUGCCCAGCCAGGCCAGACUCGAGGCCUCGUGCCAGGAAACUUGUCUUGGACACCGAUAAAGAUGUGGUUCCCCGAAGAAACGGCCAAAUACCUCAUCGAUGACAAGAUUUUGAUCCUCCGCAAAGGGAAGCACAACGUGCGCAUCGUCGAACUAGUCUCCGACGAAGAUUGGGAAGCCAGCGGAAAGAUAUACCCCGGACAGCCGUACACCGGCAUGGUGCGCCGCAUGGCAGAACAGUUGGAGAAAGAGGUUGAGACGGCUGGACAAAAGUUGAAGCCGAGCAAGAUGAAGAAAUUGCUUCGGGAGAAGGUGCGUGAGCAGCAGGCGCUCAGGGUAGCCAACAAUCCUGACAUUGAGCUGCCAAGCAAGGAGGAGAUACGGCGGAGGAAAUACAUCCAUAGCCGAGGGCGCCAGAACAAGUCCCAGUGGUAG